AUGCUACGAGUAAAGAAUAGUCAGAAAUCAGGAAGCGGACACAACCACGGUGACAGGGGAGGGGGCAUGACCACAGGCCAAAGGGGCCCGGACCCCACGUACACCCCUCCUCCCCCCCUAGCGAUAGGGAAAGCUUUCUGGCUAAUUGGAAAGUCGCCCUCUUCGGUCAUUUCCCUUUUUUUUCCUCCGAACCCAGCCGACAGCCUUUCAAGUGGAAAUGCACUCCAAUUAUCUCUAAUCAAAAAUUCUUAA